AUGACGUGUUUGUUGCAUGUCUUCCUCCACUUUGGCCAAAUGCUUGACAAUGCCCCUGGCUAUCUAUCUACGUUAGGAGAGACAUGUGCUUCGGAUGGCAACUGCGACGCCGGCUUGCGCUGCGAAACGUGUGAUACAAAUGGGAAUACUCGGCCUAGAUGUACCCGGAUCCGGCCACUGGAACCCACAUCGAAGGCGAACAGUCUACCUUUCAAUCAGUAUUCAUGGCUGACGACUCACAACUCCUACUCUCUUUUGGGGGCAAAGCCCGCGAUGGGACCUGUUCUUGUUUCUCCCAGGAACCAAGAAGAUUCAAUUACCAAUCAGCUCAAUAAUGGUGUUCAAGGUCUAAUGCUUGAUAUGUAUGACUUUGCCAACGAUAUCUGGUUAUGUCACUCCUAUGGUGGCGUCUGUUACAACUACACAGCAUUUCAACCAGCCAUUAAUGUUCUGAAAGAGAUUCAAGGGUUUCUGGAAGCAAACCCAUCAGUGAUUAUUACCAUAUUUUUGGGGUGA